AUGUUGGAACUUUUCAGGUCAAUUCCAGAAGAGAGUUUGAAUAAAAUAAACACCGAGCUAGAAAAAGACAUAAUGAUAAGAGCAAUCCAUGAUGUGAAAGGAAUAGAUAUGGGCAGUUAUUUGGUCAGAUAUAAAGCAGAAUUAGAUUUUGAUGGAAGAGAAUUGACAAGAGCUUAUUUAGACAAACAGGAAUUGAACGAGUUAUUAGAAGAAAUCAAGAGAAUUGAUAACAUUGACAAGUUAGAAGAAUUCAUGUUGAAACACGGUGAAAAUCUAGUUGAUAUGAUGGGUGGCGAGAUUGACAGAAUAGAAAUGAAGUUAAGAAAAAAUCACCCGGAGAUAAGACAUUGUGAUUUAGAGAUUCUUUAGGCAAUUGACAGUACCUUCUGGAUAAUACACUCACUGGCAAAAAGAACCGGCCAGCAAAAAAUUAAGCCAAAUUGUAUUUCAAUUCUUGACCGAUUCUGGUAAACUUUCGACCAAAUCGUAGAUUCACGUUUUGGAGUGGCAGCCUGAAUUUUGAUUCAUAAAAAAAGCUGAUGGCUUGGUCAAAAUACAGGGAACAACAGAAGUUACAUAUUCACCCUCAACUUUUUAAUGCUCUGUGGCAAAGUUGAGUGGUUUAUCUCAGCUUCAUCAUGUUAAGGAUUGAAGUGUGAUCCCUUCUUAACACAAUGAUUUUUGAUCAACGUCGAUAUCUAACUUUUGAGAUAAGAUACUAGUAGUAUCUAUCUGAUAUCUAGCGAUCUGAUAACGAGUUGAGAGUUAUGCCAUCUGAUACCAACUGAAUAGUAGAUCUCAGACACCUACCUGUGCCACCCCUUAAUCUGAGCCAAAUCCACGGCACAUAAAUGUAUUUGCUGCUGUUAUUCCGGACAUACUUCCGUCAUGUGAUAACGAGUUGGAACAAAAAGCAAAUGAAAGGGGAGAAUGCCACAUUUGCGAAUAUCCAAGCGUGUUGCGAUUCAAACUGAGCUGAGUUGAAGGCAGAGCGUCAGUAUUUCCAUGAAUAUUUCGUCCUUGACGAGAUAUAAUAUCCGAUGGCUCAGUGUUAAACUCAUGUGGUACUCGCACUACAAGCAUUCGAAUCCACAUGUAGAGUUUAACACUGGUCCAUCGGAUAUUAUCAUUCGAGAAUGGCGAAAUAUUCUCGGAAAUAAUGGCGCUCUGCCACUAACUUAGCUCCGUUUAAAUCGCGGCACGUUUGGACAUUCGCAAAGGGGACUGAUUACAGCGAAUAAAUCGCUGUGCCGUGGAUUUGGCUCAGACUGAGAAGUGGCUGAGCUAGGUGUCUGAAAUCUAACAUUCAAUUGGUAUCGGAUGGCAUAAUCUCGUUGUCAAAUCAUGAAAUUAUGUGUAAAUUUCUGCUCAGGAUAGUGAUUGGCACAUAUGUCGUUCGAUACACUACAAUGGUUUCACAUGCCUGUGGAACAUAUAUCAUUUCGUUAUCAAAUAACAGUCGAAAUUUGUAGCAGGCUCUUGGACUAAUAAUUCAGAACCAUUCUCCAACCUCCUGCUUCAUUAUGUUUCGAAAGAGGUGUGAUCUCAAGUGUUUGAAGAAAGUAUGGACAUUUUUUAUUUUCAUUACACAGGAUGUAUCUAAAUAACACCGAAAUAAUUCAAGGGGUGUUUCCUUGUGAUAUUCUAACAAAUAAAGUUUAUAUAACAUUAGUCCUGACUUGCUCCGUUUUUGAGAUACAGGAUGUUGAAGUUGAGAGUAUUAAUUGUUUUCAUUUAUAACCUCCCUGUAUAAGCUUUCAUGGUUCCAAAAUUCAGUAUCGAUGGGGACUGAGGAAGCCCCGAAAUUCCAAAAUGAUUCUAAUUGGAGUUAUUGGGUUAUCUCAAUGGAAGUCUUGAAAACACCUACAUUAAAAUUUGGAGUCAAAUUGAAUUUUUGUUGUUUUCUCAAAAACUAAGCUAAAUACAAAAAUCACACAGAGGGUAAAAAAGGUGUUAUUUCGAUAGUUAAAUCAAAUAUGAAUAUGAAACUCAGAAAAACCGGUGGCGUUCAAUGACGUUCACCAUGAAUAUCGAUAAAUUUGCCCACUGUGACGCCACUGGAAAUAUUAAACCGAACGAAACCACAACGUUUUAUUGAAAUUUAUGAAAAGACAAUUGAGAAAUGAAUAGAAACGAGAUUUUCCAUGGAAAUAUCAAUACCCUGUAUCUCGAAAACGAAGCAAGUUAGGACACAUGUUUAUAUGAACUUUGUUUCCUAAAAUAUCACAAGGAAUCACCCCUUGAAUUUUUCCGGUGUUAUUUAGAUACACCCUGUAUAUUUUGUGAUACCACAAGUGAUACUAUUUUGCCAGAAAUAUUCGGCGAUUGUUACUACAGCUUAUUGCCUAAUAAUUUCGCGAAUGACAUUGUUUUAAAAUCAAAACUUUCGAGACGUUGAUGAGUAGUUUUGGAACAAUGUUAUAAACGAAAUUGAAGCAGCAAGCUGGAGUAUGUCAAUCGACGGAUAUUUUCAGGAAAAAUAGUAUCACUAUUGCAUAUAACAUUAUGGCUUUCAACAUAAUUGACAAUUUGAAUGUCAACAAUUUUAUCGCUGAAAAAACGAGGUUGGUUGGUCACGUGUGGGUCAAUUCGGCUUCUGUAUUGGUUGAUCAUGUCCGAUCAUUUUUAUUAAACAAAACAUAUCGCUGUAAUACAGGAGAAACCGUGAAAAUGGUUGAUUCUGAUUGGUUCUCGAGAACAAGAGUGGAAUAGUCAAUAAUAAUUAAGAACCUAUAGAGCAUAUUCGAGAUGCACUCUAGAGGUUCAUUUGCCGUCGUCCGGCCUUGUCAGAGAUUCUUCAAAAGUUACGAUUCGCCCUUUGAGGAGAAUUUGAGGCAAUUCUCCAAGACUGCUUGAGAAAUUUGGUCAACCCAAUGCCAAGAUGGUUAAAUGCUAUAAUUCAAGUUCGAGGAGGGCAUACAUGAUAUUGAUUACAUUAAAGAGGUCAGAGGUUUGUUUGCUUUCAAUAACUAAGGUAUGUAUUUGGAAUGCUCAAAAAACGGGGGGGGGGGGGUAGAUAUCAAUUUUCAGAUGUUUCUUCGAGUUGUUAUUCGAUAAGUUCAUGUAUGUUCAGCAAAUUCAAAAAAUCCAUACUUUCUUAAAACGAUACCUUCCCUGAAAAAGAAUAUAUUGACGUGAAUAAAUAACAAGUGAUCGCAGCUCAAUCCAAAACACGAUAAAGCUAAGUUCAAUCACUCACCUUUGCCACGGGGCAUUGAGAAGUUGAGCGUGAAAUAUGUAGUAACUUAUGUUUGGCCCUGUAUAAGAAUCAAUCCAUCAGCUUUCUUUGGGAAAUAAUCCAAGUUAACAUUGCGAAACAAAAAUCUACGAUUUGUUAAAUAUCGGACAGGAAUAAAAAAAGUUACAGGGCGAUUAAUUUUGCUUAUUUUGUUUUAUUAUGUAGGUCCCACCGUCUGUUAAUAUUUCUGUCAAUGAUUACUGUAAUCGAGAUUGUUUUUCGCUUAUAUUUCCUUCUCAACUGUUAACGAUAAAAAUAUCAAUGAAUUGAAAUUUGACAG